AUGGCUUUUCUGGGCCAGCUUAGAGGGUGGAUCUUGGGCGCCGCAUUGGUGGCAAUUCUGUCCACCACGGCUGGGGCUAUCAACAUCUUUCUGGAAUGGCACGUGGCCUUUGACACGACAGCCAAGCCGCUUACUCUUGAUCAACCGGUCAUUACCAUCAACGGAAAGUUCCCUGGCCCGUUGAUCAAUGCGACGACCAACGAUUUUGUCCACGUCAAUGUCUACAAUGACCUGGAUGAACCUCUACUCUUCACAUGGAACGGCAUACAACAGAGGCUCAACUCGUGGCAGGACGGGGUUUCGGGCACCAACUGCCCUAUACUGCCUGGCACGAACUGGACUUAUGUGUUCCAGACCAAGGACCAGAUCGGCACUUUCUUCUAUUUCCCCUCCAUCAACUUCCAGAAAGCGGCGGGAGGUUAUGGAGCGAUCCGCAUCAACAACCGCGUAGUCAUCAGUGUGCCCUUCCCGAAACCCGAGGCAGAGUACGACCUUCUCAUUGGAGACUGGUAUUAAGACAGCUACAAGUUAAUCCGAUCUGUGAUUGGCGACUCUGAGGUCUUAUAUCAUGGAGUCCCCGAUACCAUAAUAAUGAAUGGAAAGGGACCUUACGGUGGCCCCUUUUCGAUCUCAUACGAGUCCUUUAAUGUCACCAAAGGGAAGACCUACAGGUUCCGAAUAUCGAAUGUCGGCACUACAUUUAGUUUGAACUUUAGAAUCCAGAAUCACUCCAUGGUGAUAGUGGAGACGGAAGGGUCCUACACUAACCAAAUCAUGGUGGAUUCCCUCGACGUGCAUGUCGGACAGUCUUACUCGGUCCUUGUAACGGCUGAUCAAGAUGAAGCGGAUUACUACAUGGUGGCGACUCCUAAAAUGUUCAGGGUCAAUGAUUUGAGCAGCCUUGCGGGCAUCGGAGUGCUACACUACUCCAAUUCUGUCAGCCAAGUCAGUGGGCCUUUGCCGGCCGGGCCUGAUCCGUUUGAUUGGAAUUUCACAGUGACUCAGGCUAGAUCUAUAAGGUGGAACUUGACCACUGGAGCUGCCAGGCCGAACCCGCAGGGGACUUUCAAUGUGUCAAAUGUGACCUUGGCACAGACCUUUGUUCUGCAGAACUCCAUUGGCGAGAUCGAAGGUUCAGCUCGAUAUGUUGUCAACAACGUAUCGUACUACACCCUCAAUACCCCACUGAAGCUUGCGGACUACUUCCGCAACGGAUCAGGAGUUUAUCAGCUAGGCGCGUUCCCAACUAGAUCAGUCAACGGGGACGCCGCAUACGGAAUCUCAGUUGUGCCGGGGAUCCACAAAGGGUGGUUGGAGAUCGUGUUCAAGAAUAAUUUGGAUGUCAUGGAUUCAUGGCAUCUCGACGGUUUCGGUUUCUAUGUUGUUGCGUUCGGUCUCGGAGACUGGGAUGAAGGCGCUCGGGCCGGCUACAACCUGUACGAUCCCGUGGUCCGGUCGACCACACAAGUGUACCCAGGAGGUUGGACUGCAGUGUACGCCUUCCUCGACAACCCUGGAAUGUGGAACCUCCGAUCACAGCAUCUCCAAAACUGGUACUUGGGUGAAGAACUCUAUAUCCGGGUCCAUGACCCUGACCCGAACCCAGCCAAGGAGCAGCCGCCACCGGAUAACCUUAUCCUCUGCGGUUAG